GAGGUUGGACCAUAUCUCCUGGGCUAUGUUUUGCUCAAAGAGGCCUCUAUACUCCUCCUUCCCAGUCCAGCCUGCAGAGACAAUGGAGCCCAGGGUACAGGAGGGAGAGGUGAGUGAAAGUGUGUGUGGAUGAGACAUGCUGUUUUAUGAAGAGUUGUUCAUCUCUUGAUGUUUAAGACCAUAGCUUAGAGAACUUUCAUUCUCUAAGGCUCUCUAGAUUUUUAAGAAAUUACUGAAGCAUUUCCCUUACUAAAUCCAGUCAUUUGCUACAUGCAACUUGGACUUUCUGGAAACUUCUGAAGAUUCACAGAGUCCCUAAAUGUCCUUGUCCUCCCUUUGGCUUAAAUUAGUUCAUCUAUGUUUUGGUCACUUUCAGCAAGAUGAGUUACAAGAACCCAGUCAGGCCAGGUGUGGUGGCUCACGCCUGUAAUCCCAGCACUUUGGGAGGCCAAGGCAGGUGGAUCACAAGGUCAAGAGAUUGAGACCAUCCUGGUCAACAUGGUGAAACCCUGUGUCUACUAAAAAUACAAAAAUUAGCUGGACGUGGUGGCAUGCACCUGUAGUCCCAGCUACUCAGGAGGCUGAGGCAGGAGAAUUGUUUGAACCUGGGAGGUGAAGGUUGCAGUGAGCCGAGAUCACACCACUGCACUCCAGCCUGGUGACACAGCGAGACUCCAUUUCAAAAACGAAACAAAACAGAACAACAACAACAAAAAACCCAAAAAGAACCCAGUCAUCACAGAAUCUGGUACAUGGCCUGUGGGUGGUAGAUGCUGGCCCUUCACAUGAACGGUUCCAUGGUCCUCAUCCAUGACAGAGUAGGACCUAUGACCCAGAUCCUUUGGCAGUGAGUUCAGUGCUCUUUCUUCUUAUGCCAUGCUCGGCCAUGAGGAGAAAUCCUGAAGUUCUGCACAUUCUUUGAAAAAACACAGUGAUGGAAGUGAGACAGAUUGUGGGCACAGGGCCAUAGCCCUGUUGAAUCUGCACUUGUUCCACAAGGUUUGAGUUGUUCCCUCAGACUUUCAGAAAAUCAUUGUUGUGCUAAUGUUUCUUCUUGCUUUCUUUUAAGGAAAAGUGUUUGAGAAGAGUACAACACAGCCACCACCAUUUUUUCCUAGGUCAACAAGCAUGCCUGUGCUCUGAUAAUUAAGAGUCCUAAUGAUACACAUCUAAUGGUAAAAAGUUCAGGGUUACUGACUUUAGUCAUGGCUGGAUCCAGGUGUUUAACAUGAUUUUAUCAGGAAGUUGCUUCUCUCUCUGCCUCUGCCUUCCUUGGCAUUGAAUUCAUUUUUAGGAUGGGUGGGGGUUUACUGUUGAGGUGGUCACUGGCAGCUCUAGGUUUAUGUUCUCACAAAUGAAUGACUCUUUCUUGAUCACACCAGCAGUACUUCUAGGAUUAUCUCUUAUUGGACCAAUUUAUGUCCCAUUUCUACUGCUGAGCCAUUUCAUCAGUUCAUUGUUAAACCAUUCAAACAAAAUACAUUGACUGCUUUCCAUGUUCCAGCAGCCACACACUUUUUAUGAGGAGCCUUCAAAUAUUAAAAUAAAGGAAUACUAGCAGUAUUUUUUAGGAAUAAUGUGUUUUUCAAGUUCAAUGCUAUAUUACAUUAAGCACUGUGAAGCCAGGCUGUGGGAACAAUAAAGCUUUUUUUGAUGAACCUCAAAAUUGCAAAUUGAGGUGGUGAAUGACAGUCAUCUCCUUUUCUCUGAGGAACCCAAAUGUCAGAAGGCACCCAUGUCUGAGGUCAUCCUUCCUUUGAAAUACCUGCCACGAUGACUGCAGCUCCUGCAUUUUUCCCUCCCCAGGUCCCGUGGGAAGAUCUCUGUUAUCUCUUUGAUGAGAUCAUGUAUGGAGGCCACAUCACAGAUGAUGGGGAUUGCAAACUGUGUCGGGUGUAUUUAGAAGAAUUCAUGAAUCCAUCUCUGCUAGCUGCCAUGUCAGGAACACAUGCAUGUGGUGAAAAACCGAGACUUCCAGCCAACAGCCAUGUGAGCGAGCCAUCUUGGAAGUGGAUCCUCCAGCCCCAGUCAAGCCUUCAGAUGACUGCAGCUUUGGCCAACAUCUUGACUGCAACUUCCUGAGAGACCCUGAGCAAGAAUCACACCAUGAAGAUGUUCCUAGUUUUCUGAUUCUCAGAAACUGGCUGCCAUGUGAAGAAGGACAUGUUUGCUUCCACUUCUGCCACGAUU